CAUCUGUAGCCUCAGAGAUAAAAGUGAAAUCAGUAACUUUAACUCUGCUAUUUAAACUGCAGCUGUUUUGAAUCCCAGCGAUCUGAUUGGUCCCUCUGACUGGCUUCUUCUCGUGGUGUUAGGCGCCGAGGCUCAUGGGUAUUGUAGUAUUCGGAGCCUGAAGGAUAAAAGCUGAAUUGUUUCUCUUCUUCGUCUCUGCAGCGUCCCAGCAUGCAUCGGUCUGGACGGCCCCCCUCCUCUCCAGGACCAUGGCCACCCUGAACCAGAUGCACCGCCAGGGGAAACCCAAACCGCCCCCCAAGUCCGUCGGCGCCACGUUCGGCCGCCCCCAGCUGAAGGCCGUGGUCCUAAAAACCAUGAUACGGAAGCCCAAGAAGCCCAACUCCGCCAACAGGAAGUGCGCUCGAGUGCGUCUGUCCAACGGGAAGGAGGCGGUGGUGUUCAUCCCCGGGGAGGGACACAACCUGCAGGAGCACAACGUGGUCCUGGUGGAGGGGGGGCGCACCCAGGACCUGCCGGGAGUCAAGCUCAAGGUGGUCCGAGGGAAGUACGACUGUGCUCACGUGGUGAAGAAGAAGCAGUGAUGAGGUCUUCAUCAACACUCUAAGAUGUGUGAUGAGCUAGCUCAUGGACUCAAGGAGGGAGACACCUCGGACCAGGACUCGGACCAGGACUCGGACCAGGACUCGGACCAGGACUCGGACCAGGACUCGGACCAGGACUCGGACCAGGACUCGGACCAGUCCAGGUCCUGAUGGAGCUGCUUUGAGCUCGUUGGACAAACUGUCAGAUUCUCUUUCUGGUAAAAAAGGAAUAAAAUUAAACACGUUGAUGAAUGUGUUUCUGUUUUUAAUCAGAAGAAACAUUCUAACCAAGUUUUGUCUGAUUAUUUUACAUGUACAUAUACAUUUUUAUUUAUAUAUAUAUACAGUGGGUACGGAAAGUAUUC